UUAUCAAGCCCGUUUAUUAUUAAAUAUUUUAAUAAAAAAUUAUAAUAAAUAAAUUUUGUAUAAAUAUUCUUAUAAUUGGCGCAUUUAUUUUAUAUUAUUAUUUGCGUAGAGAAGACAAUAAGACAAUUUAUCUAAUAUAAUGGUUUUUUUCUUAGGGGCGCACAUACACACACUUGCCGCCUUUUUUUUACCUUUUUUUAAAAAAUGUUUAUAUUACUGAAUAUCUUUAAAGUUAAAGAGAUAAAUUCAGUUGAGUUAAAAAAUAAAUGCAUGUUAUCCUUGAUAAGUACUUUCGGUCAUUCUUACGAGGAAUAAGUACAUUUUUAUUUUCAUAUUAGAAAUACAUUAAAAAUUAGUUAACCAAUGACAUAUAAUCCAAUAAACAAAGAAAAUGUUGUUCCUGCUUGGACGCCGGAUUUGUUUGGCCCUAUUUUUAAAAAGCAGAGUUUGACAGUAAAACAGGCAUUGAAUUUACGCAAUAAAAACGAGCAAAUUCAUCGUAUGGCGACUUUUGUUCCGGACGAAGUAAUAUAUACAACAGAUUUGUCAGACAAGAGUUUAAAAAGCUUCCAGACUGUUUUGAUGUUUAUAAGCAUUUCAAGUUAGCAUUAUAAUUUCGUACAAAUUUUAGAGAUUUUUUACAAGAAAAAUAAUUUAAAAAAAUUAUAUUAUAUGAUUAACAAUAGGUUUUUCGUUGCUGUUUAAGAGAUACAUUCAUGACAAAAACGGGGGAAGUUUGGCUUUAACUAAAAGAUUAAAUGAAUAUAUUUAUAUCGUGGUUCGCGAAGUAUACUGCACCGAGGGAGACAUACUAAAAUUUUCUAGUGAGAAAAUGUUUCCAAAAUAGAUUAAUGUUGUUCAAAAUAGAAUGUAUUAAUGAACAAUUAAAUUGGAAAUAUUUUUCGAUAAUAAAUCUUUUUUUGUCACAAAUAAAGAUAUUAUAUACUUUAUAUAUUUAUUUUUUAAAUAUGUAGUAAAGAAUAUUGCAUUAACGAAAUAAAUAAAUAGAAUAUGAGAACAAAUGAAAGUAAAGUUGAUGUGCAUAUAUUCUCAAUACAAUUAUUGGAUACUAGUAAAAAUUUUAAAUGUGUCUAUUUCAAUUUUAUUUUAAGAUUUAACGGAAUUUUACUUUAUUUUAAAUAAAAAAUUGCAAUAAUUUCUGACAAAAAUUCUUUGAAUAUUUGAAUGUCACAGGUAAAAAAACAUUAAUUAUAGUAUUUGCUAUUGUAAGACCGAAACACUUUUUAUCUAGGCGACAUUCUUAUAUAAUUUUUAUGAGAAAUUAUCUUGAUUUUUUGUUAAAAAAAAACCGUUUAAACAUAUUUAAAAUGUUUACUACUAAUAAUUAUAUUAAAUUGUUAUUAUAUGUGCAUUAACUAUAACGUUAAAUUCUCAUAUUUUAUAAAUUUAUUGUUUUGAGAAUUCUCUAAUUGUCCAUUAAUAAGUAAAAUAAUUAUUUAAUUUAUUUUUAAUUGUAAUUAAAUCUUAUCUAUCAUUAAAUAUCUAACAUAAUUUAUAAUAAUAAAUUAAGACACAAUAGAAAUAUAAUCAAAGAUUUUAAACAAAGUAAAAGAUAAUUUUAUACAAAAACUUAAAAAUUUACUGUUGAUUGUUUUUUCACUUGUGCAACUAUUUUAACUGCAAGAAAUUUAUUUAAACUAAAUGACAUAUUAAAAGUAUAGAUGAGGGCUUAUUAGUAGCGUGGAAAGUACGUGAUGGCGAAUUCAUGUUCGACACUAUGCAAAACGUAAUUGCACGAGCGAUAAGUAUACAAAAUUCUAUAGCAGCUUUGAAUGACGUUGUCAACGAUAUUUAUAAAGGUAUUAUAUAUAUAUUUGCCAUACACAUUGAUAUAUUUGAAAUAUUUGAGUCUCCAUUAAGCGUAAAUUUAAAUAAAAAAAUUAAAACUAAAAAAUUGUAAUAUUAUACAAAUUUAAAAUAAAUAAGAAAUUUUUUUUUUCAUACAUGGGUUUCGAGACGGUUUGAUAAACAUGUUUCUUCAUGACAAUCACAAAUUUUAUUUAAUAGUGAGUAUAGCUAUUUCGGCCGGAGAAGUAACAUUUUCAGUAAUCGGAAGCGACGAAGCUCGGCAUUUCGUGAUUUUUGGUUUGCCGAUUCAAGAGCUAAAAAAUGCGAAAAAAGUUUCUCUGCCGAGUGACUUGGUACUUUCGCUAAGUGCAUGGCAACAUUGUACCCCAAGUCAAUAUGAAUAUGUCAUUAAGGAUCCACUUAACAUAAAGAUAAUAAGAGUACUAAAAAAGUUCGAUGCAACAUCAGUAGAGACACUUGUAACAGAUGUUGUCAGAUCAUCAUCGCCUUAUAAAACAUCUUUGAUAUCUAUUACCGGCAAAGAAAAUUAUGAAACAGAAAUCACUAAUAAGAAAGACAAAGCUUCGACAGUGAUUACUGCAAUCGCAGCAGAAAAUCCGAAUUUCGUCACACAUUUAAAAAGUUACUUGUUAAAGCCGGUGAUUCAACAGAUUGAAAAGGGUGAACCGUUAAGAUUCUUGGCGGAAAUCAGACGAAUUACAGUAAUAUCCGUCAAUAUUAUUCCUGACAAAUAUUCAAACAGUAAAUUUAGUUUUUUAGUUGACAAAUGCUUUCAACUGUUGCAUAGCAAUGUUACGCAAUAUGGAGGCUGUAUUAACACGAUGAAUUUGUAUGAAAAAAAUAUAUUUUUUUGUAUCGCAUUUGGCGUACGUGAGUACAGCAGUGAGGACCAAUUUAAAACCACUGAAACGUGUAAAAACGGAAUUAUUUGUGCGACACACAUAAAGCGAACUGUGAAAACUAUUAAUGGCGUUCGAAGCACUUUUAUCGGUGUAUCAACAGGAAUAGCUUAUUGUGGCGUGAUUGGGCAUACUGCUAGAAGAUAUUACGCUAUUAUUGGGCCGCCUGUUGAUAAAGCUGUAAGAAUAAUGAAUAUUUCCCAUGAAAAGAUUUCCUGUGAUUAUGACACUGUGUUGCACAGUCAUUUCAGAAAGGAACAGUUUCGUUCUCGAGGCGUGAGAACAUUGCAAAGAUUGGAGAAAUAUCACAUUUACGAAUAUCUUGAUGAUGAGCCGAAAAUUUUAGAAGCAACUUCGUCUUUGGACUAUUGUUAUCCUAUUUUGGGUAGAGCAGACGAAUUGGAAUGCUUCGACGAUAUCCUGGAUGAGAUCGGAGUGGCAGAUCGAAAAUAUUCAGGAUUGUUAAUUGAGGGAAUCGAGAGAUCAGGAAAAUCUAGACUUUUAGAUGCUUUCGUCACGAGCGUUUGUAACAGACAAAUAAGACCAAUCAAACUUUCUCUUCACGUGACAUACGCGGAUAAGGCUUAUUCAGUUAUGUAUCACCUUAUUCUACAGAUACUUGAAGCUGAAGAUUGCGACACGGUCGAGGAGCGUGAAAAGGAAUUGCUUAAUAAAUUAGGCGAUAUUGUUGCUUUAGAAGAUUUCUGCUAUUUGAAUAUUUUGAUGAGAGUUUGUUUCCCUCUUUCGGAUGCCUAUUGCUCAGAUACCGAUUGGCGACGUCACACGAAAACUGUCGAUAUAUUUGAAAAGAUAUUAAAGCAGCUGAAGACUAAACUCUGCAUUUUGCUUGAUGAUAUUCAAUAUAUGGACCAUAGGUCUUGGCAAUUUUUGUCGUCGGCCCUUGAUAACUAUAAUAUUGUCAUAGCAAUGACGAUGCCGAAGCCAAAGUCUUGGGAUGACUUAACUCAUGUAGAAGCGGAAAUCUACAAGGAUAAAAGGCUAAUAAAACAUAUGUUGCACGGUUUAGAUAUAGAUCUGCUCCCAGUAUUUGCGUGUCAAUUUCUGAAUGUCCUUGCAAUAUCCCAAAAAUUAAGCAGGAUUUUGCAAAAACACAAAGAUGGCCAUAUCGGAUGGUGCGAGGUGUUUCUAACGUCGAUUCUUCAAAAAAACGGUCUGGAUAUCAUCAAGAUAUCGCCCAGCGAAGCGAUAAAACGCAAUCUCGUUUUUCCGAGGGGUACUUUAGUGACAAAGCUGCCGGUUACUCUGACACCGGAGGAAUUGGCGCCGCCUUUACCUUGGUCGCAAAUGAAACUUUUGGACGUCUGCGUCAUAAACGAAAAUAACUUCAAGAUUACUGAUGGAGAUCGCAACAUGACAGAACUGACGAGCGAGAUCUAUGAUAAAAUGAAUCCUUACGAGCAAGAUUUCAUCAAGUGCGCUGCCACAUUGGGCAGAGUGUUUAAACGAAACAUAAUAGAAAACAUAAUGGUGAAUUCAAUCCCGCUGCUUACAGCUAGAACCGUUUCCGAGAUGAUCCGAAUGCGAAUAUUAGAAUGCGCUUCUCUCCAACGAAGAGAUUUUCACACCAAGGAUCUUCUUUUUUGUAUAGAUAAGAAGCGGAAAACGUUCUCCGAUAUGCAUCACUUAUUAUUCUGCAAUUGUUAUCAUUCGCCUGUUUUUAGCCGUUAUACGCCGCCUUUUUAUGCUUAUUGUAAACUGCUAGAGUUCAGAAUCGAUUCAUUUUACAAGAUGAUGUACAACAUACAAACGAAUGAAGAAAAACAGAAACAUCAUACGAAAGCGGUUAGAAUAUAUGAAGUAGACGCUCGAAAAUGCCAUUCUUGCGGUAAUAGCCGUUUUCUGAGAGUUCCCAGCGAAGAUGCGCUCAAAGAAUUGUUGAAGAAGAAAGAUGUGCAAAACCUGACGCAAUUAAACCGUCGUCGAACACUAAUUGAAGAUAAAUGGAAAGUAAAGCCCAAAAUAUACUUUCGACCAAAAUCACGUAAGUCUUUGACAAAAAUCGGAACGAGAAAACAAGAGUUUGUGGACGUUUGUAGAGUGUCUAUUAUGCCAAGUAUUGAUGACGAGAAAGAUGAAGAAGAAGAAACUGAAGAAGAAAUAAACAAAUCGGUAAGAUUUGGAAAGCGAUCUACGAGUAUUUUUCCAGAAAUGACGGAAGAUCCUUCUCAUCACAGUUACUUGGAGAAUUUUACUCAUAUCGAUUAUCGUAAUUGUCAAUGCGACAAUGUCGUCGCUCAUCUGUUUUGGAAAUUGCAUCAACAUAUUGAGAAAAGCAGUGAAAAUGAGCAGAAAGUACUUGAGUUUUUUAUAGAAUACGGUGCCGGAUUGAUCCAGAUUGCACAACCUCUUUAUGCCAUUAAACUGCUCUCGAUCGCCGCCGAAAAAAGUAGGGCCGCCGAUGUGGACGAGUGGAUUGACGAGAACGCAGAGGAUAAUAUCAUGAACAAAGGAAUCAUUUUAGCUUUAAUGGGUGAUGCUUACAGCGCACUGGGAAAUUACGAUCAAGCUAAAAAAUACUACCUCUCGGCGGUGAAACUUCGAGGUACCCCACCCAAAGAGAAAGGCGCCUGUUACAACAUAAUGUCAAAAAUGUUUUGUAAACUGCAAGAGCCUCCUCGCUAUGUUGUUGAAGAUUCAGGACAACUCACAAUCAGUGUAAAGAGAUUGGAAUUGGCGUUAUACUUGCGACGUCUUUGCAUCAUAUUCAUGAUCGAAAACAAAUUGAAAACGGCGCAGUCGUUUGCCUUGAGAAGUUUUAAGCUUGCGUUUCUAAGCAUUAACAGUUUUCUAGAGAAAGGCGAAAUAUAUCUUGCGACAGUACGAGUUUUGCAUUGCACAAGAAACAUUAAGUUGAUACGACGUAUUGAAAGACUAAUGCUAACCACAAUAAGGAGAAACGCUAUGUGGAAUGAUGUCGAGGAAAUAGCUAGGGUGGCAAAUGUCUAUCUAACAAUGUAUCAAAUUAGUAUAUUAAGAGGUGAAUUGGAAGAAGCUAUAGAAAUAGGUAUAAAAGUCUUGAAAAUAUCUGGCACACUACAUCUUAAUAAGCUGAUGCUAAUCACUAUGCCGUCAUUAAUUCAAAUAAUGCUGUGGACCAAGCGUGUUAAUGAAGCUGUCGACUUAAUACAAGAGCUGUACUUUUUGGCAGAUGAGGAUGUGGAUUUGUCAGCUAAGACAUGGUAUUAUGCGCUUUCCUUAGAUCUUAUGCUGGAUGCAGGAAUAGUUUUGGAAUCGUAUGAGACAUCUUAUAACUAUUAUGAGAAGUUUAUUGGUAAGAAUUGUGACGCAGUUUGCAUAGAUGCAUUAAAAUUAUAAUUAUUUAUAAUUUUUUUUUCUUAUACAGAAUGUUUCGCAAUCACCAUACAAUAUUUCAAUAUUUCAAAAGUGAAUUAUAAAAAUGUAACAAUUUUCAAAUUACAAUCAAAAUUAAUAAUAUCGCAACAUUUACAUGUUCCAGCUAUACUUCCAUUUAUACAUCGAUCUUUCAUAUGGCAUAUUUGCGAUAUUCACAUUAAAAUUUUUGUUUCUAACAAAUUGUUAAACUAUUGUAUUGUGAUUGUAGAACGAAGCUUGUAGAUAUAAGCUAGUCUUAAAACAGCGCAUUUAACUCGAAAGAACGACUGUGCAGCUCACAGAUCGAAAUCUUGCGUAUGGCGUGAUCCACAAAGCCUGUAUCGCUUAAUAACAAACCUGUGGAUGUACCAGCUUAGAAUGUAAGUUUUCAUUUACUCUUGCUUGCAAUUUCCUGCUAACGAAUCAGCAGCUAUUUGCACAACUUUUCAAGAUAAUAAAUGAUUAUGUUACGCUUUUUAAAAAUUUAUUAAACUAUUUCCUACAUAAUAAAUUGUAUCUUAUAUAUAAUAUAAGUAUGAUUGAUUCCACUUUUUAAUCUUGUGAUUCAAAGUCGAUCUUGAACAAAUAUCAUUUAAUAACAUAAUUGUUGCAAAUAAAAAAAUAAACCGUUGUAAUAUCUACUACAGGGGACAUAUGAUUAUUAAUACGUUUACGUACAGUGCGGAAAAAUACACAAAAGACCUCAUCUGGAAUGAUUUUUCUCGAAUUCUCACUUGCAGUAAGGUAUAAAUUCAUCAAUUUUUCAAACAUUUAUAUUUCUUAUUACUUAUUUUAUGCAAAUUAAAAUUAAAAAAUCUAAUCAAUAAUUUCUUCUUCAAACAAAUUUAAUAAUUUUUGAAAAU